AUGGUGAACCCCCUCUUGUCGAUGCAGCAUUGUUCUAGGCUUACUAGUUAUCCUGUCUUCAACAAUGGAAGAUACCAAAAUGUUCUUCUCACUAGUUAUACUGAGCAGUCUUUUGCUAAAGCUUACGGUAUUGUUGAAGACAGGAUAAUUGGUGGAAAAGUUGGAAGGAACAUAUUGUUCGACUUCUUAUUUGCAGGUGUUGGAAUAUAUACUGUAUCAUCUAUGCCAGCUUUCAUGCUCAACGUCUUUGUCCAACUUGGCGCAAUGGUGAAUAGAGUUUCUGAAUUUAGCGUCUUGGGUUGGUUUGGGUGGGCGAGGUUUGUCAACUGUAUAUGUGAUCUUCUCGUGCUUAAUCCUCAGAUUGAUCAGGUGCCUACUUCUCAUAUAAUGUUGUUCCCUUAG